AUGACCUCACUCCCGACAGCUCUCAGCAGCAGCGGCGGCGGGGGGAAGGUGGUUCUGGUGGGGGUGCGACUGCACCAGCCGAACGCGAAUCUCCUGUGGGGCGGCGGCAGCAGCAGCAGCAGCGGCGGCGGCGCGGCAAUCUCGAGGGAGGGGCAGGCGCUGGUGGAAUUCACUCUCGCGCGGCUGGUGGUGCCCGGCGAUCGUAUUGUCGCCAUGGCCGUCCGGAUAGUCCGCGCCCCGCACACCUCAGAGCAGGAUGGGGAGGAGGAGGUGAGGGGGGUUGAGGGUCGCGCAAGGCACGGUUUCAACUCAGAGCAGGACGGGGAGGAGGAGGAGGACGCGAGCCAGAGAAUGCUGGCAGCCCUGCACCCCAAGAUCGAGGUGGCUGCUGCGAAACAGAUCACUCUCCAAGUUGUUGUGCGCUCGGCCCCUCGUGUGCGAGACGCGCUGCUCUACGAGGCAAAGCUGCUCAAGGCGGGGCUGGUGGUCAUAGGGCCCGUGCGACGCACCAUCACGCUUAUUGGUGCCGGGUCUGAUGUGGACAUGAUGACGUUUCUCGCCGACCGGCUGUCUGCCAGCUGCAAGAUCAUGCUCGUCUCAAAUAACGCCUGCUCCGCUACAAGACAAGGCAGGUUUGCUGACGUGGCAACCAUGAUGAGAUUGAGGAAAGUGCCUGUUCCGCCUACCUCCCCCCAAUCUCCGCGGAUAGACCCAGGGGGAGGGGGAGGGGGGAGUGGCAUGGGGGAAGGGGGAGGGGGGAGUGGCUUGGGGGGAGGGGGAGCGGGGCAGGGGUCAGGGGAGUAUGGAGGGGGGUCUGAUGGGGGCGGUGGGGUACCGAAUGGGGGAGGAAGCAGAGGAGCAAUGGGGGGAGGGAUGGGGGGAGGAAUGGGGGAGGGGGGGUUAUGGGGGGAGGGGGAGGGGACAGUGGUGGGGGCUGGCAGCAAUGUCCCAGAUCUCCCCGAUCCCAAUCCAACGGCCAGGAUUUCUUCGCCCCUCCCCCAUCCCCAGUCCCUCCUGCCCCGCCCGACCGAAAUCAUUCGGGAAGUAUACGGGCAGGACGAGUACGGGCAGCAGGAAUUUUACCUGGACGAGCUCCUAUUGGCCACGGAUAAUUUCUCCCCGCAGAGAUUGAUCGGGGAGGGCGGCAGUGGUCAGGUGUUUGUGGGGAUGCUUCCACCUGGCAGGUGCCCUCAGGUGGAAUCCCAGGGUGGGGGGAGCGAGGGGUGGGGGAGAGGGGAUGGGGGGAGGGCGGAACAGGGGGGGACGCAGCAGGGGGGGGCGCAGGGGGGGGGAGCGGCAGUGGUGCGGCCAGUGGGGGUUGUCGGAAGGCUGCUGAGGCGCAUUCGGCACCCGAGCCUGCUGGGGCUGCUGGGCGUGUGUGCGACAGCGAGGGAGCUUCUCAUGGUGUUCGACUUCCUGCCCAAUGGGUCGCUGCAGACGAGGCUGAGAGGGAGCCUCAGGGUGCUGAGGCGCAUUCGGCACCCGAGCCUGCUGGGGCCGCUGGGGGUGUGUGCGAUGGCGGGGGAUUUUCUCAUGGUGUUUGACGUCCUCCCCAAUGGGUCGCUGCAGACGAGGCUGAGAGGUAAGGUGAGCGGUGGGAAGCAUGGGGCGGUGGGAAGCAUGGGGCGGUGGGAAGCAUGGGGCGGUGGGAAGCAUGGGGCGGUAUCAGUAGAUGCUGGAAGCGAAAACCCCUGUUCCCCUCCCGUCCGUGUGGCAGACCACACAAAGCCCCCGCUACCUUGGGAUCUCCGCAUGCGCAUCGCGUGUGAGGCGGCCACCGGGCUGGCCUUCCUGCACUCGUGCCGGCCGCCCAUCAUCCAUCGGGACGUGAAGGCGGCCAAUGUGCUGCUGGAUGCCAACAUGCACGCGCUGGUCUCCGAUUUUGGGCUGGCCAAGGUAGCUUCAGAUCAGUACACCCAGCCAAUGGCAGUUACCAGCAUCAUGGGCACCAGAGGCUACGUGGCACCAGAGUACGUGCAGACCGGCCUCAUAACAGCAGCAAUAGAUGUGUACGCGUUUGGAGUCAUUCUCCUGGAGCUUAUAACGGGUCAUGUGCCCUUCCACCCCGGCAGGCAACCCCCCAACCUCUCUGCCUGGGCCAUCCCCAUUGCCAACAACGAGGAGUUUAGGGCCAUCCCCAUCGCCAACAACGAGGAGGGCUUGGGGACUACCGCCAUCCCCAUCGCCAACAAUGAGGAGUUCACUCGCCUUGUGGAUUACCGACUUGAGGGCCGCUACGAUUUAGCGCAGCUGCAGGCAGUGUCCAUGCUGGCCGUGCUGUGCCUUGCUGCGAACCCCAAGCACCGACCGCCGAUGGAUCAGGUGCGUCUCGUGCACAGGGCAGGGAGGGGCAUUGAGAGGCUUGACCCCGCGCAGCUGCAGGCAGUGUCCCAUGCUGUGAUGUGCCCUGCCUCCAACCCCAAGUUCAGGCUGUCCAUGGUCCAGCACAGGCCGUCCAUGGACCAGGUGAACCGCAUGUGUGGUGAGCAGGUGUGCAGAGUGGCUUCAGGACUGGAUAGCUAUCCUUGGGGGGUUGGCCUGGCAAUUGGGUAA